AAAACAAACAUACUUCUGAUUUUUCGGGAUGUUGUCCAAUAUAAAUUGCUCGAGUUCAGUAUCAAAAAAAAAUGUACUCAGUCGGUUCAAGUCGAGUGAUGUUUGCGAUGUUUCGAAUCUGCUUCCUCCUUAUACCUUUGGUUUCUGCUUUUAAUCUUUUCAGUCAAAACACGUACAAGAUCGAGUACCAUCAUGGGAUUGUGGAAGGUUUCAAUAAACAAUUCGUAGAUUUUUUCAAAUUCGCAUACAACAAGUACAACAGAACGGCGAGAGCUUUCGAUCUCAAGAUUCGCUUUUCGAAGAAAAUUGAAACGAUGAAGGUGUUGCUUGAGGCUUUUAAGUUUAUUAACAACCAAUACAGAUCGUUCAUACCAAUAAACAUGGUUUUCGAUGUGUGCAGCGCUAUAAAAUCUGAUCUCUUCGGAAUGAAAGAGCUGAUGACGAAAAGUGGAAACUUCACGAGUUGUCCUAUCCAAAAAGAUUCUUAUGUUAUGGAGAAAUUCACGCCUGAUGAGACACAGUUUCCUCCGAACAUACCUCUGGGUCAGUACAAGUUCUCGUUGAGCUUCACCACAAACGACAAAUUCCUCAUGAAGUUUACCGUCGCCUCCGAAGUCAAGAAUCGUAAAGAUGUUUGAAGUUUCUUAUUUGUAAUUGAUACAUGUAUUCAAAUAUUUCAUAA